AUGCUUAUCCAAGAUGAACCGAACGAAAAGAAGAUCGAGUUCACCCCCCGUGGCACCUCUAAGCAAGCACCCAAUCUAGAUGGUUUGAGACAAAUAUUGCACCUGAGGGGCCGUCUACAGGAGAUGGGAACCACAUUUACAGCAGAAGGCGAAAUGCAGACCUACGGCAAUCCACCUCUGAACGCGGAUCUCGAGCAGAUGCUUCGUCUUGGCUCGAUAUACGACGAGCAAUGGAACAUGUUCUUCGACGGCAGCAACGCUCCUGAAGUAGAGAGCAAUCUCUGGCCAGAUCUGAAAGUUCUCAAAAAUAUGUUGCAGAACGAUGGCGUCCUCUUCGAUGACCAACACAAGCGCCUCAACUACGGCACUUCACAUCCAAAACUCAUCCGACUGAGCGACCAGUAUGAUCUACUUCGCGAGGAGUGGAUUGAAAAGACUAUUCGGGACAUACACCCUGCGGAACGUCCGCAACGACCGUGUCCAACGCGGGAAGAAGUGCCGAAGGCUCCGACGAACCUGGGUUGGUCGUUCCUUCUCGACAAUGACGGAGAAGAUGAACUUAUUCGGAAGAAGAGCCUUCGCUCAAGCCGUCUCACCGUUACCGUCGAUGAACAGCUUAGCAUUCGAAAUGGAACGGCCCCGACUGUUCAAGACGCAUACACAGCGCUCUCUUCACCACCGAUCACACCCGAGUCCUCAACCAACGCUCGUGGCAUCACUCCAAUACUAGCGUUCGAUACAACGGCUCUGACGCGUCCACGUGGACCUACGAUCGGUGCGUCGACACUCCUGCACGGCCCGAGCCCCCUUCAAGCUGCAGAGACAGCGAGGAUGCUGCUGAGGGAUGCGGCGUCUGAGACACGUACUAUCAGCACGAUGAGCGAGGUAGACGCAGUGAAACGGUAUCAUGAGCAGAAUCAGCAUGAGCAUGCUGGAGUAUUGGCACCGUUGGUGGAAGAUGAGCGUCGACGUGCAGAAGAGCGGCAGCGUGCUGAAGAACCGGUUGUUCGCGAGGGAAAGAAAAAGACUAAGAAGAGCAAGGGUGUGCGGAAGUGGCUGCGGGCCGUUCUGGGACGGCGGAAGGAAGGAGAACAAUGA